ACAGGUAGUUUUGUUAAUGGUGGGGAUAUGCAAGGAAAACUAAGAUAAGGAGAUCCGAGGAGUGAAAGAAAAAGUGUGCAGAAAUGAUGGGGGUAGAAGAAGAAGAAGCAGCUUCAAGAACUCCGUUGCUCUCCGGCAGAAACCCUUCCUCUUGGACAUAUGGCAGCAUUCUGGUGGUAGCUUCCAUGUGGCUCCUGGCAGCCUUGUCCCUGGCCCUCUACUUCUCCACAGACCCAGUCUCCUCCGCGCCGCUCCCUCACCCCGUCGUCAUCCUCAUUUCCUCCGACGGCUUCCGUUUCGGAUACCAGUUCAAAACCCCCACUCCCAACAUCCACCGUUUGAUUCAGAACGGGACGGAGGCUGAGACCGGCCUCAUCCCCGUCUUCCCCACCCUCACGUUCCCCAAUCACUAUUCCAUCGUCACCGGCCUCUACCCUCCCCACCACGGCAUUGUCAACAACGUCUUCUACGACCCCAUCACCGCCGAAAAGUUCUCCAUGAGCAACCACGACCCCAAGUGGUGGCUUGGCCAGCCACUCUGGGAGACCGCCGUCCUCAACGGCCUCUCCGCCGCCACCUACUUCUGGCCAGGCUCCGAGGUCCACAAAGGCCCCUGGAAUUGCCCCGAGGCCUUCUGCCAACUCUACAAUGGCUCUGUACCCUUUGAGGACAGAGUCGAAACCGUUUUGAGCUACUUCGAUUUACCUCCUCUCCAAAUACCCUCUUUCAUUACUCUCUAUUUUGAGGAUCCUGAUCAUCAGGGUCACCAGGUUGGACCUGAUGCUUCUGAGAUCACUGAUGCUGUUGCCAGAAUCGACGCCUUGAUAGGGAGGCUCAUCCAGGGCUUGGAACACAGAGGCGUUUUCGAGGAUGUUCAUGUUAUUUUGGUCGGUGACCAUGGCAUGGUAGGUACAUGCGAUACAAAGCUUAUCUCUUUGGUUGAUUUGGCACCUUGGGUCCAGAUUCCUCGAGAUUGGAUCCAGUAUUACACCCCAUUGCUGGCUAUUCGCCCUCCUCCUUCCGUUGACCCAGCGUAUGUUGUUGCUAAGAUGAACGAAGGGUUGAGCUCUGGGAAGGUCGAGAAUGGGGGGAGGUUGAAGGUUUACCUGAAGGAGGAUUUGCCUGAGAGGCUUCAUUAUUCGGACAGCGAUCGGGUUACGCCCAUUGUUGGUUUGGCUGAUGAGGGUUUCAAGGUUCAGCUGAAUCGAACCGGUAAGAAGGAAUGCGGCGGUGCUCAUGGUUACGACAAUGCGUUUUUCUCCAUGAGGACUAUUUUUAUUGGACAUGGUCCUAGGUUUCCCAGAGGAAGGAAGAUACCCUCCUUUGAGAAUGUUCAGAUUUAUAAUCUGGUUACUUCCAUACUUGACAUCAAGGGUGCACCUAAUGAUGGCUCUGCCACGUUUCCGGAUUCUGUUCUUCUGCCUACUGCCUGACAACCUAAAUUAUGGUCACAUAGGUACUUUUGGUGUUGGUUUCCAAUCAGAAUUGAAGUUUCACACUCACCUUUAAUGCAAAAUCAUUAUGCAGGUUGUUGAGAAGAAACUUAACUUUUGUAUUGCAAAACAGUACUAAAAACACCUAUGGAACAUUGUACGAAAUAAAACUGGGAUUUUUAGUUA